AUGCUGGGCUCUGCAGGGAACCCCUUUGCUCACACACCAUCCCGACCCCCCCGGCCGCUGGUGUUGGACACACGUGCCCGUGACAGGGUGCUGAGGAGGGGGUUCAGUGCUGCACGCGUGCCGCAGGAUCUGGAUGCAGUGGUGAUUGGCAGCGGUAUCGGGGGCCUUGCAGCCGCAUGCAUCCUGGCCAAGGUGGGCAAACGUGUGUUAGUGCUGGAGCAGCACGACCAGGCCGGGGGCUGCUGUCACACCUUCCAGGAGCGGGACAGCGAGUUUGAUGUGGCCUGCAGUGUGUGUGCAUGCAGUGCGUACCAUGUGCACGCCAUGUGUGCAUGCACGCUGCGUGCGCCAUAUGCAUGCAGAACACAAUGCAUGCCUGCAGGCAUCCACUACGUGGGGCAGAUGCAUGAGUGCAGCAUGCUGCGCCUGCUGCUGGACCAGCUGACGGAUGGGCAGCUGUGCUGGCAGCGCCUGCCCGACCCCUAUGACGAGGUGACUCUGGGCACACGUUGCUACCAGCUUCGUGCUGGUAAAACCGCAUUCGUUGCUGCAUUGGAGGAGCAGUUCCCCGAGGAGAAGGCGGCCAUCAGGGAGUUCAUGAGGCUGUCCAAGUUGGCCUCCAGGCACGUGGCCCUGCUGGCGCUGCUGAAGAUCGUGCCCCGCUGGUUGGCCGCCAUAUUGGUGCGCAGUGGCCUCCUCCAUUGGAUGUCACCCAUCUUCCGCAUGGCGGCCACCAGCCACAGCGACGCGGUGUCCCGGCUGACGACCAACCAGGACCUGCGUGCCCUGCUCAGCUACCUCUUCUAUGGCACCGCACCGCAGGACUCCAGCUUCCUGGUGAACGUGCUGAUGGUUCAUCACUACCAACGGGGCGCCUGGUACCCGCGGGGGGGGGCCAGUGAGAUCGCCUUCCACAUCGUGCCCCUCAUCGAACGAGCCGGGGGGGCCGUGCUGGUGCGGGCCGCUGUCACACGCAUCCUCGUGUCCCCCGACGGCAGCGCUGUGGGGGUGGCCGUGCACAAGGGCGGUGAGGAGGAGGAGGAGGUGGAGAUCAGGGCACGCGUUGUCAUCUCCGAUGCCGGGAUCUUCAACACGUUCGGCAAACUGCUGCCGGCCCCGCUGCGAGCCCAGCCCGCCAUUCGAUCCCUCCUGUCCAUGGUGCAGCACGGGAUGGGAUCCUUCCUGGUGUUUGUGGGGCUGCGGGGCAGCGCGGCCGAGCUGGAUCUGCCGGCCAAAAACUUCUGGAUCUACCCCCACAACGACCUGGAUGCCAUGAUGAACAAAUACUCUGCCCUGAGCUCCGAGGAUGUCCCUGAGAACCUGGCCAUGAUGUUCAUCACCUUCCCUGCUGCCAAGGACCCCACCUAUGAGGAGAGACACCCAGGCCGCUCGUGUAUGACCAUCCUGACCAUGGCCCGCUACGAGUGGUUCGAGGGCUGGGCCGGGACUCGGCCCAGGCACCGCGGGGACUCGUACCUGCACUACAAGACCGACAUCGCCCAGCGGCUCCUGCAGCGAGCACUGAUGCGCUUCCCCCACCUCCGCGACAAGGUGGAGUUCGUGGAGGCGGCUUCACCUCUCAGCAACGCUCAUUACCUGGCGGCUCCUCGAGGGGAGAUGUACGGAGCGGAGCACGACCUGCGGAGAUUCAGCCCCGACGUGGUGGCGGCCAUGAGGGCGGACACCCCCGUGAGGAACCUCUACCUGACGGGGCAGGACGUGUUCAGCUGUGGGCUGGCAGGGGCCGUCCAUGGGGCUGUGCUGUGCACCUCAGCCGUGCUGGGCCGUGUGCUGUACGUGGAUCUGCUGCGGCUCAAGAGGAGGGAGAAGGCAGCAAUGUGUGGGGUGAGAGCAGGGGGUGCAGCACAGUGAUGGGGGGAGC